AUGGUGGAGGGAUUGCUCGCCAAGUACGUAUAUUAUCAAGCAACAGACUGUGUGUUAGGGCCUGAUCCUGCCAUGUCCAUAGGUGAUUCGCACUCAUCAACCAUUUCUGGUACCAACGGUGCUAGUAGCUCAAGGGAUACGACCCCGAGAAGUGGAGGAUUGGCCAGAUGCAAAUGGGUUAUUCACAGUUUGGAUCUCACCCGACGUGGUUCAAAGGAUACGGGGAAAGAUAUAGCUGCGGCUGUGAGGAGUAUCAUACCAAUGCUAAGGUAUCAGAGAGUCAUCAUAGUAUGUGGCGAAGAAAGGGCCAUAUUCCCCAUCCCCAACGUGUCCUCGAUCCCUAUACGCAGCGCCGUCGUACCCUCGAAAUUUUGCGCCACAAGCACCAUUCAACCAUUACGUAUCACCAAGAAGAAAUCCCUUGGAAAUUUCCCCCCUUCCGCUCCUUCCGCUCACCAGAAGAGCUCGUAUAUCCUCCUGCACGAUGUGAUCGACGCAAUCGAAGACUUCAGCGGCAGCACGGCCAAAUCGGCCAUAAUGAACAUUCCGAAGGUUAAAGGGGAAUUGGAAGUACAGAUUAGAGACGACUGUGAGAGGAUGCGUGAAGCGUUGAGACACGCAGACCAGGAUAAUCGAGCACGCGGAAUGGACAUUGAGCAACUGAGGUCACAAUUGGAGGGCCUCAGCCAGAGAUUGUUGAGCAAAAUCGUGACAGCGGCCUUAUUGGACCAGGGCGCGGAGGCUGAGCAUGUAAUCCUUGGGUUACCGGAUGGUAGCGACAGCGAGACUCUUCUCGCAAAGCUUGCGCCGUUUAAGUCGAGGGUUUUAGUCGUCUCGACGCCUCCUCCCGGUGCCGCUGCUUUCACUUCCACGCCCAUAUCUACGCGCCUCGCCCUUUAUCUCGCCGUUGCCCUCCGCGCCAAAGAGUAUCACAAGUGGGUAGGCGGUGGCUUCAAAGGUAUAUAUACCGCAGACCCAAAGAAGGUGCCAUCCGCGACAUUAGUCCCAUUUAUUUCGCCAGAGGAGGCUGGCGCUCUGGGCAAGCUGGUGCAGAAGGAGGUUUUAGACAAGUUGAUAGCAAACAAUAUCCCAGUCCGUAUCAGAUGGUUUGGGGGUCGAGAAGAUGGGGGAACCUUGAUCGACCCAGCACUCGGCUUUGAAUCUAUGUCGAUACGGUCAAGCACUCGUGCGGCAUUCGGUAGACCGACCGCUAUCACGAUCAAGGAGAACGUCCUUUUGUUGAGUAUCAGCAAUGUCAACUGCGCGGCCGUUGUCCAGAAAGCCAGCAAGAAAUGCCACCUUGUCCCACUGCACACUUCCCAUUCUUGCGGAACCUCUCAAGUCUUUCUUUCAGGUGUCUGUGCUGUUUUAUCGCGGUUUGGCGUCGUAGUGUGCAUGAUCAAUACCAGCGAGGGGCACGCCAGUGUCGUUAUCGAGGGGGGGUUGCCGAGAAACGUCUUGCAGAGGGUCGUGGAGGGUCUGAAACGUCAUGGGGAGGUGGUCGUGCAUCAUGAUAUGGCGAUACUUACGGUUAUAUCCAGAGGGUUGAGCCGUACGGCGGUUGGAGCUGCUGCUUCGCCGUCUGAAGCCUGGGGUAUCGCAGGGAAGGUUUUUAGCACGUUAGUGAAGGCAGAUAUUGGAGUGGAAGUGAUUGGACGGGUUGGUGAGACAUCGCCUAAGAGCUUGGCAUGGGUGAUUGACACCGGGACCAUCGACACAGGUUGCUACGCUGACCAUCGCUCCAUACGACACAUGACGAGGGACGCCCGAGCAGAUCGCCCAAGGCGAUACGUGAACGACCCCAGUAUUAGCAAGACUGUUCUUGUCGAAGGAGGAAUCAGACUCACCGGCGGGAUCACCGCCGACUCUGACAGUCAGAUUCCAGAAGGCCGCCGUUGA